AGGAAUACACAAGUACCCGUUUUAAAUAUCCGACAGCAGUCGACUGGGUUCUUGUUAAACCAAUUGGUGAAUAAGCUUGGAAAAAGGACAAGAGAUGUAUCUUAGUCUGGUGUGCGUCUUUGGUCUUCUGGCCGUCACAAGUGGCUCUUACCAGACUCAGCCAAUCAUUGGCGCUGCAUCAUACACAGAGAAAGUCCCCGAGGGUGGACGAAGCCCAACCGACGAUAAACGCUACACAAUAGAACAAUUGAACAGAGCCGCUAGACAUCGUAAUGUUUACAUGGAUCGGGCUGGAGGCGACCCUUAUGGUGUCAGCAGCCCUAUGGUAGCCAGGGGUAAGCGAUCUGUAGGAACUCAGCAGCUUUAUCCAGUUGGAAGUGACUUUCAUGCCAAGCCAAAACCAAUGUACGCCAGGAAACAAAUGAACAUCGAAGAAAAGAGAAACUACAUCGGUUGGUUAAACAUGCCUGCACCUGCUCUUGUUCCUCUAAAUGCAUCUCCUCCCCUUCCUUUCCAGUACCUGCUCCUUUUCCUUUUAUCCUAUAACUCCUGCUGCACCUCUACAUCUUCCUGCUCCUGCUCACCUUCUUCUUCUGCUCCUCCUCUNAAGCUUAGUGCUAUGUUAUUAAAAUGCUUUGUUACAUAUAGACUAUUCCAAAGUGACUGCUUUAAUGUGGAUUAUACUGAACUGUGA